GCGCUUCUCGUCCCUACUCCCUUUGUGUGUCUCCCUCUCUGUCUGCCUUUGAAAAGGGACACAAUCAAACCGGCUCCUACUGCACAUUCGGGUCCACGGCGUGACGGCACCCAGUCGUUAUUGCGCUCCUCUUUUUGUUUAAAAAAAAAAAAAGGCCGUCGGCCUGUGUGUUUUUUUGUUUUUUCCGUCGCCAUUUUCAGCUUGGUGUGAUCAUGGACAGCGACUACUCGUCGGUGUUGGAAAACCCUCUGUACAGUGAGCUGAAACACUUCUGCAGGAGGAUCCAGGAGGCCUACACCGAGCUGAAGGAGGAGCUGACACCGUACAGAGAUGACCGCUUUUACAGACUAGCUCCUAUGCGGCUCUACACCCUGUCCAAAAGACAUUUUGUCCUGGUCUUCGUGGUGUUCCUGGUCUGCUUCGGCCUCACACUCUUCGUUGGGGUCGCAGGUCCUCGGGUCAUUGCUGAGCAAGAGCACAGUGGUGAUCAGUUAUUGGUAAAAAAUGCCUCAGUUAAGACGGGGCCCUUCAUCCUAGUUUCUCCUCCUCUCACCACAUACAACCAGCAGCUAUGGCUCACCUGUGUGAUGCAGGCCGAAAACAGCAAUAUGGGAGACUUUCGGCAGCCUUUUGAAAUCAACGUGGAACUGAAGGGAGUGAUGCAGGACGCCAGCGUGAUGCACAUUAACAAAGUGCACCAGAAAUCCCGAACGCUGCACUGCGGGAAUAAAUGUGAGGAGAUUAUUGUGCUUCAUCUGGGAUAUUUGAACUACACCCAGUAUCAGGUUGUGGUCAGUUUCAAGGACCUUGAAAACAUCACGUUUGAACUCAAGGUUAAGUUUGUGUGGAAAACGUAUAAUCCCACCUUCUCACAAGUAGAGAUCUGGUUCCGGUUCGUCUUUGUGGUGCUGACCUUCAUGGUGACGUGUCUGUUUGCUCAUUCUCUGAGGAAGUUUUCGAUGAGGGACUGGGGCAUCGAGCAGAAAUGGAUGUCUAUCCUGCUCCCAUUGCUUUUACUCUACAACGAUCCAUUCUUCCCACUGUCGUUCCUGGUCAACAGCUGGUUCCCUGGGACGUUGGAUGAUUUCUUUCAGGCUCUGUUCCUGUGUGCUCUCUUACUCUUCUGGCUCUGUGUCUACCAUGGCAUCAGAGUUCAGGGUGAGAGAAAGUUCCUGACGUUCUACCUGCCUAAGUUGAUCAUUGUCGGUCUUCUGUGGCUCUCAGCGGUUACACUGGGUAUUUGGCAAACGGUCAAUGAACUCAAGGAUCCUACAUAUCAGUACAAAGUGGAUAUCGUGAACUUUCAGGGCAUGAAGAUCUUUUUCCUGGUUGUGGUUGCCCUCUACAUCCUCUACCUGAUUUUCCUCAUUGUCAGAGCUUGUUCUGAACUCAAAAACAUGCCGUACUCGGAUCUCCGGCUCAAGUUUUUGACGGUACUGACAUUUGUGGUGCUCAUCAUAAGCAUGAUUAUUCUCUAUCUGAGGUUUGGUGCCAAGGCUCUCCAGAACAACUUUGUGGCUGAACUCUCUACUCAUUAUCAAAACUCAGCUGAAUUUUUAUCCUUCUAUGGCCUUCUCAACUUUUACUUGUACACAUUAGCAUUUGUGUAUUCCCCCUCCAAAAAUGCCCUUUAUGACUCCCAGUUGAAGGAUAAUCCUGCGUUCUCCAUGCUAAAUGACUCGGAUGAUGAAGUAAUAUAUGGGAGCGAUUAUGAAGACAUGCCUUUACAAAAUGGACGCGCAAUCAAAGCAACUGCCAAGUACCAGGACAAGAGCGACAGUGACUGAAGCUCCCACUCUUCUUUUUUCCAGUAUUCCUGUUGAAAAACCACGAGAUUUCAUGAAAACAAUCAAUCCCGUGUACAGUAUGUGUACAUAAGCAAGUAUUUGGAUUGAAUGAUAUAUUGUUAAGUGUACAUAAAUCUAUUUUUUAAAAAAGGGUUCCAUGUCUACUGAAUGUACUGUAAUUUCACUGAAAGUUGAAGAUCCUCCUGUUUAUACUUCCAGUCUCACUGAAAAACAAAUGUUUACAUUAUGUAAACAUGGAUCUGUGGAGGAAAGUGAACCUGCAACCGUGUGACCUGGAUGAUCACAUGGCUGCAGGCUCGGUAGAAUAAAAUCAAACAAUGUAAACAUGUACAAUGCCAGAUAUUUCACUAAUGUGAUUAUUUUAUCUUUACAUCAUUAGUUAAAAAUAAUCAGGAAACGUGUUAAUUUCAUUAGGGGAUUUCUCCGAGUACUUUGUUUUUAAUGCUUUCUUGUCUUUCUAAAUCGAUCCUGUGUUGUUUUUGCCAUUCCACUCUGUUCUCUGACCACCUGAGUUCAUAAUAGCAGUGCUGACUGUGACAAUGUGUUUUAAAUAUAAUACAGAAAGAGCCUUAACUGGACACAGUGCCACUGAUUUUCAGCCACUCCUUACCAGAGCUUUUCGUUGAAAGCAGCUUUGUUAUUGCACUCCUUUCACUUUUAUGUUAACUGUAUUUAUUUUGCUGCAAGGUGGUGACAUUUGAUACUGUAUUAUCUGAUUACUUGGACACAUUUUGAUUAACUGCAUGGAUUUCUAAUGAUGUUGUGUUAAUGUACUACUGAUCUAGAAAGUGAUCAUUUCUUAUCCCUGCACAUGUGGUAUUUAUACCAUUAGCCAAAUAGUUUUUGCCUUAUGUAAAUCACGACUAUUUAAGGACAUUUUUCGGAUCCUACCUUUGCCAUUUUCUGCCAUGAAUACAAGUGGCAAAAAACAAUUGUUUUCCUAGUUUUAAAAUCUCAAUGUGGAUUCAAAUCAAGAUGGUGCCUUGUCUUUACAUAAAUGGGCUGCAGUCUUAAAUCAUGUAAAUACCUGAUUUGUCAGAGUGAAUGUAACAUGUUGAUUUGAGGUGGUCAAAUGAGGUAAUUGUGAGUUAUGAUGUUAGACAUUUUUUUGAGAUUUUUCUUAUUUUAUGAGAAAAUGUGUACAUGUACCACGCUGUCAUUUCACAUACAAUAAAGUCUGUAUAUACCCCA